AUGCCAGGCAAGUCGCACAAGCUCGUCACAGUAAACACCGUACCGGAACGGGCCAAGCGGCUCAUUGGACGUGUCGUGGAAGAUGUCAAAGACAGAUUCACGAUCGUACACGUCGCCAAUGUGGAAACGAUAGAGAAUGUCAAGGAGACACUCGAGAGGGAGCAGCCCGACUUGCUAUUCACUGCGUCGAUGUGGACGCCCGAGCAAGCACAUGAGAUCGUGAACAUCGCGAAUGCGACUAUCCCAGGAAUCAAGACGUUUAGUAUUCCUCAAGGACUCCAAGCAGAGAAGGGACCAGACGCAGUAGUAGAGUAUAUUGAGGAGCACCUCCCGGGCCUUUUGAGUUCGUGA